AUGCCCAGAGGUGGAGGAGAAUCAGCAACGUUUCAGGAAUUUCGAACCAGUCGUGAUCUUUACUCUGAAUACCCACUUCAAGAAAAACUUAUUGAGUAUCAAAUUCCAUUUGAUAAUGAACGUUCAUCGGCUGUUCCCCAAUGGAUUGUGAUCUUCGGCUCGACAAUCUUGCCAAUCCUGCUCUUCCUAGGGAUCAUGGUCUUCAUUUCAAGGCAGAUGCAAGGCACGGGCAAUCGAGCUUUAUCAUUCGGAAAAAGCCGAGCUCGACUACAUUCUGAAAGCGAAUCGAAAAUUACCUUUGACGAUGUCGCUGGCUGUGAUGAGGCGAAAGAAGGACUAGAAGAAGUGAUCCAGUUCCUGAAAGAUCCGCAGAAAUUUCAGAGACUGGGUGGACGUAUUCCAAAAGGGGUACUGUUAAUGGGACCGCCGGGCACCGGAAAAACUUUACUUGCGCGUGCCGUCGCCGGGGAAGCCAAUGUUCCAUUUUACAGUAUCAGUGGAUCUGAUUUUGUUGAAAUGUUUGUGGGAGUCGGUGCUUCCCGCGUCCGCGAUCUGUUUGAGACCGGAAAGAAGAAUGCACCGUGCAUCAUCUUUAUUGACGAGUUGGAUGCAGUUGGGCGACAUCGUGGCGCAGGCAUUGGUGGUGGGCAUGAUGAGCGCGAACAGACCCUAAAUCAACUUCUCGUAGAAAUGGACGGAUUUGAUACCUCUGAGGGCGUUAUUCUCAUCGCUGCGACGAACCGUCCCGAUGUGUUAGAUCCCGCGCUCCUCCGUCCGGGGCGCUUCGAUCGCCAAAUUGUCGUUGACCUCCCUGAUGUCAAAGGGCGUGAAGAUAUUUUCAAAGUCCAUACGGCGGGCAUUGAAACGGACCCAGAUGUAGACUUGGAGAGACUCGCAAAAGCGACACCCUACUUUUCAGGAGCGGAUAUCGAAAAUAUGGUGAACGAAGCGGCGCUGCUGGCAGCCAAAGAGGACAAAGAUUCCGUUGAAAUGAGUUUCUUUGAUGAAGCCAAAGACCGCGUACUGAUGGGACCCGAACGUCGUAGCCUCGUUAUCAGUGACGAUGACAGGCGCGCCACCGCAUAUCAUGAGGCAGGACAUGCCCUAUUACGACAUGUUAUUCCUGAAAAUGACCCGAACUAUAAAGCCACCAUUAUUCCGCGUGGACGAUCGCUCGGUGUUUCGGUGGCACUUCCCAUCCAAGAACGUCGGAACUUCAACAAAAAAUAUCUCCUUGGCAGUAUUACCACGGCACUCGGUGGACGUGUCGCUGAAGAACUGAUCUUUGGUGAAUUGACCACCGGUGCACAGAACGAUUUUGAACAGGCAACCGAUAUCGCCCGUAAGAUGGUCACGCAAUGGGGCAUGAGCGAUCUUGGACCGCUCUCCUUCGGACGACGUGAAGAGCAGGUCUUUUUGGGCAAAGAGAUUGCACAUCACCAAGAUUAUAGUGACAAAACAGCGAUUGAAAUUGAUGAAGCUGUCCAUGGCAUUGUUAUGGAGUGCUAUAAUAGAGCGAGAAAGCUCAUUGAAACGAACCUUGAUGGGCUGAAGAAGCUCGCUGAUGGGUUGCUCGAACGCGAAACACUCGUCACGGAAGAUAUUGAAGAGAUACUUGGUCCCCGUCCUCAACUUUCUCCGAUUGCAUCAUGA